CCGUCCGGCUGUCUAACGCAACGCACGUGUCGAUUGCGCGCAUUCGGACCCGAUUUUAUUUUUAUUAACUAUCCCGACUUUUAUUGAAAAGCACGAAAUAGUUGCCCUGAGGUGCAGUCACAAACCAGCUGAAGCUACUAUUUGGUGACGCCCGCUCGCCGCCUAUCCUGUAACCCUUUGGGAUUCGGGAAAAGCGGUGGAGCGCGCAAUGUACCGGUAGUUUCGGGUCGUGCGUGACAGCCUCCUGGCUUCAGUUAAGUUAUUUUUAUUUUUAUAACAUGAAGCGCACUCCGCAGAUCGGCGAUGAUAAGCAGCCGCCCCGCCCGCAGCGCCCACGCUCCUAUGCCAGUCGAGCGAGGCCACCUGCGGAUGCUGAGGCAGCCGCCGCCACAGCCGGACCAUCAUUCCAAGUGCGCGACACAGCGCACAGCUCGCCCGCAGCGAAGCAGCAAGCUGCGUCAAGCUUGUACAGCUUUGCGGAGCCAGUUUCGCAGCAGACGAGCCGCAGCCGAUCCCUAGAAGUCCCCAGGGACCGUCAUCCGUCGCAUCAAAAACGUGACCUAACUCCAGCGGCUAGGAUUAAGAAAACGGUACGCAUAGCCCUCCCUCACCGCACCCCGCAAGUUUCCGUCGCUACGUCGGCCGUGACGUCAUCAAACGGAGCGGCGAUAUCGCGGCGUGCCACCGACGUUACGCCGGCCGAGACCGCAUUCCUGAGCGUUGAGUCAUCGCCUCGCGCCACCGAUAGCGUCAUACAAUCCGACCCGCCCGCCCCGCGGGCCCCGCAACAAAUUGUGUCUACUGUGACGUCAUUUGUACAUUCCGAGACAUCGCCGCAUGUCACCGAGACGCGGGCCGUGUGCCAACGCCGCGCGUCCGUAACAAAUAGUGAGUGUUCUGGUAUUGACGAACUGUUGCGAAUGCUCGAUCGCGACCCGGGUACUAGUGCCGCGUCUUCGCCGCGGACGGCAUUCGAGUCAGACUUGAUCUUUUUGGCUCAGUCAGCCGCAUGCUCGUUUGCGUCGCGCGGGAUGCUGCGCGCUAUGGCCCGGUACGCAAAAUCGCGUGAAGAAGCGCUACGCAACAGCGGCAUAUUAGAGUCGCCGCUCACCGAAGCCGAGCAGCGGGAGUUGGCGCUGAUCCGCGACGAGUGUCGCUUCCCAGCGCGCACCCCUGCCACCCCUGUACGCCGCCCGUUUUCAGCCGUUGACCCCGGCUCGGAAGGUGAGUCUGUGGCAAAGCGCCCAUGUGCUGUGGCACCCACAGCAGCUACUCCAGGUUCCACUGGGGACCCUCGGCUGGCGCCAGGUCGCCGCCUUGACCUGGGACCUCCAGUCCAGCCGCCACCUUUAACUGUUCCGCCACCCGCCGCCCCUUUGGCUGGCAGGGCGGGGAACGCCAACGCACCCCCUGGUGCCACCGGUGCCUCACCUGGACCUGCUGCUCCCGUUGCUCCUGCUGACGACGACGCCGCCCCUGCGCUGGUGGCGCCCUCCUCAUACGCAGCGAUGGUGACCGCACCUACGGUCCACGCACAGCCCCCCAGGGCCCCUGUGGCCCCGAAGAAGCCAUCAUAUCCGCCCAUUGUGAUCGAGUUCCUCCCCAAUUAUGUACAUCAUUUGGGGAAGAUCAGCCAACUGCUUGGACGUUCCGCCAACACCAGGGCAUACGGGGAGCAUCGCGCGGCGGACUGCACGAGACCGAGGGACGUGCCAGCGACUUGCGCCAACUGCGGGGGCCCACACCCCGCCUGCCAUUCGUCGUGCCCGGUCCGCAAGGAGGAAGAACAAAACCGGCGCGCGGGCACAUUUGCCCGAACUGCGCCCUCUCGCUCCUUGCGCCAACGCCACGAGCAACCACAAAAAGAAACUUCCCAGCAGACCACGAGUGCGACAUCAGCGGCCGCUCCCUCGACGUCUGGCGUCGCCCCUACAGGCGAAGCGGACGACUUCAUCACCGUGCGGCACCGCACAAGACGUGGUGGCCGCAGACGAGGUCGUGCUCCACCCUCGCUUGCCGCUCAGGAGGCAAGCCGCGCUGCCGCGCUCCAUGCAGUCACCACCGACGUCGCCAACCGCGCCACCACCGCAGCUACUACACCUACACCAGCUCAUGAACGCGCUGCCACUGCACCACCUCGCACAGCACCAUCUUCGCGCUCGCGCACCAGGUCCCGCGCGCGCCGGCCACAAAUGGAGGAGGCGCUGUCGGCGAUCGCCAAUAUUCUCCAGGCUGUACAAGCCGGGGACAAUCCAGCCGCGCUCUUCAGGAGAGCGGCAUCGGCCUUCAAGGGCCCAACCCGAGGCCGCAGUCGACGAUGAUGGGGGGCCUCCGGCUCCUACACUGGAAUGCGCGUGGCCUCGCGGGUAAGGUCACAUAUCUAAAACAUGUACUCAGCUCACAGGACAUCGACAUCGCCCUGGUCAGCGAGACGCACCUAGCCGCCACAGCUAGACUCCGCAUGCCGGGUUACGAAGUCUACCGCCAGCACCGUGUCGACGCCCGUGGUUACGCCUACCGUGGUUUGGCGGUCAUGGUGAGACGCCGGAUACCACACAGAUUGCUGCCAGAUGUGGUGGUAACCGAAUGCGAUGCCCUCGGCGUGGAGCUACAACUCGCAGGUCGCCCCACUGGAUUCUUCGCGGUCUACGCGCCACCCAACAAUCGGUAUACCACAACAGAUCUCCAAGAGCUCCUCGCUGCCGCCCAUCCCUGCGUCAUAGCUGGGGAUUGGAACGCGAAGCACCCGGCGUGGAACUCGAGAACUUCAAACCCGAGGGGUAGGCGCCUGCUGCACGACGCCGAGACGCUGGACUUUUCAGUGUCCGGCCCAGACGUGCCGACACACUACCCCGAUCAAGCCAGCCACAGAGAGGACACCAUUGACAUCGUGGUCCACCAGGGACUGACGUGCCAGAUGACGCAGGAUGUGAUCGUCGACGAGUUCCGGUCCGAUCACCUUCCCGUGGUUGUCACUCUGGUGAACUCCUCUCCGAACAUGAUACUUCAUACACCGCUUCGCCGGAAGUGCAUUGACUGGAGGGUCUUCGAGCGAGCCCUAAAUGACGCACCCCAGCCGCGCCCACCCGUCACCCCAGCGGCUAUUAACGAACUUGCUGCAUCCUUUACCAC